UACCAUCUAAAGCCCAUCAGAGACUGAGAAAAUGUGACCGUUGAGAGAAUAAAAUAAACGGCCAGAAAAUGGGACCGUUUGGAGAAAAAGUUACCGUUGCCGGCUGACCCUCAUGGCUCUCAGGCUCUUCCCAACAAAUAUAAAUACCUCGGAAUCCUUCAUCUCCCUCCACCAAAAGCAAUCGAUACUAAUCAUCUCUCUCACUUACUCGCUCUCUCUCACUGCAAAUUCUCAAGCUUUCUCUCUCUAAAUUUCAAUUACUUUGUUAAAAUCUCACUUUCUGCAUUUUGUUUUCUGCAAUUUCAUUUUUUUUAUCUUUCGAGCUUCCAUUUUUAAGCAUUUCUUUACCAAUGGCCGGAAUGAAAGAUGCCCACAUUGUCGAAAUCCCGGUAGACGAAGAGCAUCAGCAUAAGCUCUCGUCCGCCAUGACCAUCAUUUCCGCAAACCAACACCACCCGCUAAUGGAAAUCUCUGAAUCUCCCGGCCAUCUCUUGCUCCUCAAGCUCUGGCGAAGGGAAGAAGACCUUUUCGCCAGGCGCAUUGCCGGAAAGGAGUCCAGAAUGGACUCCAUCCGCCGCGAAAUCUUUCAGCUCUGCUGCUUUUUCUUGAUCUUUCAUGGGUUCUUCACCACCAUCCUGUUCACUUCUUCGGUUAACAAAUCCGAAGACCACGUCUGUCAUAAAUGGUGGAUUCCCAGCGUUUUGUCGCUCUCGACCUCUUUUGUGUUUGUGUUUUUGGUGCAGGUGAAUCUUUGGAGGUACUGGAAGGUGUGGAACCAGUUGCAGAGGGCGAAGAGCGAGAACAGAGCUCUCACUAGGUCUAUUCAAGAGCUGAGGAUGAAGGGGGCGAGCUUCGAUUUGUCGAAGGGGCCGCAGAUCGGGAAGAGGAUGAAGAGCUCGAGCGUUGAGAUCAAAUGGAAGCCACUGACUUGGUGCUCUCAGUAUCUCAUUACCAUCUGCCUUGUUUGCUUUGCAGGUUUAAUGUUUCCUGUUUCGAAAUUCAUGCUCUGCGGAUUCUGAAGAUGUGAGCUUGGAGGUGUUUGCUAAGCUGAGAAUGAUAGCAUUCAAGAUGUAGCAGAAGCAGAAAGGGAAAGACAGGCGGCAGAAAGCGAUCCUUCAGACCAGCCAGCCAGCGGAGAUCAACACAACUGACCUCAGAUGGGUUCUCCCAUCAAUCUCCUGGCAAUUGCUCAACUCUUUCCGUCAAGCACUCACCAGUGAUCUGAUCGGAGUCUUCAUUCAACAAUUGGGAAGCCUGCAGAAAGCAAUCCUUCGAACCAGACAACCAGCGGAGCUGAACACAAUUGAAUUCAGCCGGUCACUUUUUCCGUCAACCAGUCACCGAUGAUCUGAUCGAAGUCGUCAUUCAACGCUUGGGAAGCCUAUCAGAUAUCUAUAAUGGUAUUCCAAAUGUUUUGCUGCUGCAAAAUCAUCCUCUCAUUCAAUGUCCAAAAGGGGGAUGAAGCAUCUUUGGUCCGAUUACUAGCCAGACUCAUUCGAACAACCAAAUUAUACUCCAUCCUCGGCUACAGAUCAUUCGAGAUGAAAGAGCGGAAACAGAAAUUUUAUCUCCACACUACUUCUGAAGCCUAUUGCACUCACUCAAACAACGAAAUUAUACGAAAUUAUACUCUCCUUUCUUUGUACACGUGAUUCAAUGUUAACUUCUCAUAAUUCAUUCAAUACAGCAAUACAAUUGUGUCA